UCUCUUUCUAUUUUCUAUCUCCCAAUCGAAUAGUGCCACUGAAGCCACGAUGAGUCAUAGCUCCUAUCAUGCAAGGCCACGUGUUCGGCCACACUUUCCCCUCUGGAACCCCCAAUGUUCCGUUCAGAAUCUGCAUUCUACCAAAACAAUACAAAGAGUGGCCGGAGAAUAGAACGGCCUUCUUUUCCCGGGAAAUGGGUUUUGCGGUAAAAGUGAUAGACGCCGUUAUCUUCCUAUUCUUGCUGGUAAUAGCUCUGGCAGCUCCACUUCUAGAUGCUCAAACCUUCAUACCUCACACUUACUACCCAGGCUUCCUUGUCCAACUCAAAAACUGGUACUCCCGCGAGUACGGCGACUAUCUCGUCAUAGACAAGCCCCCUUUCUUCGUCGGACUCGUCUGCUUCGAGCUCAUCUUCCAAUGGCCUCUUGUUCUUCUCAAUCUUUACGCCAUUUUGACUUCCAAGCCCUGGUUAAACACCACUUGCCUGAUCUACGGCGUCUCUCUGUCUACUUCCAUGGUUGUUAUAUUAUCAGACAUGGUGGGUUCCGGAAGGGCAUCCGCUAAGCUACUGAUAUUGUACUGCCCUUUCAUGGCUUUUGGAGUCUUAGCAACCCUACGAGGGUUACUGUCACAUUCCACUGGGACAUAUUCCAGUGUUGGCAAGAGGCCUGCGGUGCCCAGGAAAAAGCGAGCUUGAGAUGGCUUUCGGGAUCGAAUCUGUGCAACAGAAUUUGCAGGUGUGGAAUUUCUGCACGUCAAAUAUCUGCAGGUCAAGCUUAGAGUUAGGUGGGAAAUUCACUAUCAAGCUAUAGGUUGAAAGACGAGUAAACAGCAGAUGUAUGAUCUCAGAUGACCGAACUCCUUACUCUACUUGAUCUCUAUAUCUAACAUAAAGCCCGAGUCUUAGAGAAAGGGGACGCCUUCUGUUUUCUGAGAAAGCUGAGGGAAAGAGGGACAAGCUUUGUGAGAGGGGCAUUUGGAAAAUGGGUUCUGCAGUUAAAGUGGUUGACGUCAUUCUGUUCUCUUACAUGCUCAUAAUAGCGCUGGCAUGUGUACUUAUAUACUCUCAGCUCCUUCUCCCUCAAGCUCUCUACCCUCAUUUCCUCGUCCAGCUCAAGAACUGGUACAUCCGCGAGUAUGAUCACUAUCUGAUGGUAGACCAGCCCUAUUUCUAUGUUGGACUCGUUUGGUAUGAGUUCACCUUUGAAGUGCCACUCAUUCUUCUCAAUCUUUACGCCAUUUUGACUGCCAAACCCUGGCUCAAAACCACUUGCUUGAUCUACGGUGUUGCUUUGUCUUCUGCAAUGGUUGCUCUGCUAUCAGAAAUGGUGGGUUCUGGAAGGGCAUCUGCUAAGCUAUUGUCAUUGUACGGCCCUGUCAUGGGUUUAGGAGUGUUAGCUAUCCUGCGAGGUUUAGGAGUGUUAUCUGGCAAGAGCCCUAAAAUGUCCACCAAAAAGCGACUUUGAGAUUGAAGUAAUUGGUCUCUCUUCGAUCUGCGCCUCUUUUCUAUCUCUUCCUGGGAUUUGAAAAGGAUUGCAUGUUAUGCAUGUCACGGUGUUUCUUUUCUGCUGGUGUGUUGACUUGUGGUACAUUAUGCUAAUCGUUGGGAUUUGUUUAAUAAAAUGUUUCCCAUCUUUUAAAAA